GACAAAUACAAACAAAUACCCCAUACGACCCCCCACACACCACACCCACACGAUGACACGACGGUUCCACGUCGCCUCAUUUCUUCUUUUUGCCCUUUUUCUUUCCCUUCUUGGCCCUCUCCUCCUUCCGAUCGUCGGCCUCCUGAUGUGACAGCAACACACACACACAUAACAACAUACACGGAGAGAUGACGCCAGUGACUGUUGUGUGUGUGGGUGUUUGCCUGCAUGAGUUGGUCCAUGAGGUCCUUCUCCUUCUGCGCAUCGUCCUCCGCCGCCCUCUGCCAGUCAGCCAAACGAUCCUGAACGGAACACACGCGCACGCACACGGCAAUAGCCAGUUGCCAGGCAGAUUUUUGUGUCUCUUGUCGCCCUCCCUGCCUACCUUCAUUCGGUGCAGCCGCCUUUCCUCCACAGCUUCAAUCUCCAACCUGACACACACACCCAUACAGUGACCGCCGGCCCACCUGUCACUGCGUGCUGAACUUACCUCAUGGCCUCGAGAGCCAUGUCAUAGUGCUUCCUCCUGAGGUCCUCGGCAUACAUGGUGUGCCGCUCCAUCUUCUCGCGACGCCGCAGCUCACUCUGCCGCUCACUGUUGCGCGCCAGCAGGGCCUGCAGACGACGGUGCUGCGCCACCUCUGACACCACACACACAGGGGAGAGACACGGGUCAGAGUGGCCGGCCGGGUCGUGUGAACUCGUGUGUCUACCGAGCUCGUUGUUGCCCAUGUCGAUCUGCGUGAUGUAUUCAUUUCGUUCGAGGGACUUCAGCAGCGCCUCACCUGAUGCCUGAUAGAGCAGAGAAGGAAUGCACCUGACGACAGACAGAGACGUGGCCAGUGCAUGUCUCGGCUACGGGAAGAAUGUGGUUUUUGAAGAGGUUGAGGACUCUGAUCCCCCGGUUGUGCUCCAGCCUCGUGAAAAACAGUGUCAGGCCGCUCUCGUCGUUGCCAUUCGCAGUCAACAGGUUGUUGGACAGAUUGAGAUACUUCAAGCUGGACGAAGCGACACACGCAUACACAUAGAUGUUCACGUCUCCCUCGCUCCCUCUAUCUGCAACACCCACCUGGUGUUCUCCUUGAGUGCCACUGCGAACGCCUUUGCCGAUUCAACACCCAGAUAGUUGCCCUCGAGGUCGAGCGCACCCAGGUACUUGUUCUGCCUGAGCAUCUGCGCCACCACCUCACCGUCCUGGUCAGUCAGGCCGCGACGAGACAGGUCCAGGCUGAAGAGGGACUUGUUGUUGGCCAGACCAUCCUGCAAAGAGAAGAACGGGCACGAUGAGGUCAACCGAGGCGAUGUUGUGAUUGUCGUGGCUUGCCUGCAUGAGCAGCCUGAGCCUGACGGGGUUGAGGUCGAGUCCGGAGAGGGCCACGUCUCUGUCUGACGUGUUGCUCUUGAGCUGAUGGAUCAGCUUCUCAAGACCUGACACAAGUGAAUGGAUGGAACAAUCAUCGAUCGCAUCUGUGUGUCCGUGGGGUCCUCACCUCCUUCCAGCCUGCUCCUCUGCUCCUCUUCCUCGCGCCUCUUCCUCUCCUCCUGCACACACACACAGGCAAUCGUUGGUUAUCGCCUGCCUCUCCGGAAGAAUGAAAGACAUGCAGUGGCGAUUCGCUGACUGACCUCUUCCAUUCGUUUCCUCCUCUCCUGCUGUCUCCUCUUCUCCUCCUGCUCUUUGAGGCGCCGCUCGGCCUCCUUCUGCUGCUGCUCCUUGAUACGAGCUGCCUCCUCCUGCAGUGCACAGGCAACACACAACACAACAACACAGGUUUGCAUGAUGCAUCGGUCGGUUUGUGCGUCUUACCUCUUUCCUUCUGAGUUCCAUUUCCCUCUUGCGUGCGAGCAUGGCCUUGGUCCUCUCAGUCUGUGGCAGAAUCUCCACCACAGGCUCGAAGACCAGCCCGCCACUCGCAGGCGCAUCGUUGUCGGCGUCACCCAUGACGGUGGAGGAAUCAACGACAACAAGCAAAGAGCUGAAACAAACAGUGGAAAGUGUCCGAACCAAAAAGAAGCAGCAACUUGAAUUCACUUUCAG